CUCUCCGCGCGCCGGCUGGUGGUCGUUCUAGUCUCUGCUCUCUUCGCUCUCCGCUGGCACCAGCCGACCCACCAGCUUUCGGACCAUGGCCAACCUCGAGCGUACCUUCAUUGCCAUCAAGCCAGAUGGCGUGCAGCGCGGCCUGGUGGGCGAGAUCAUCAAGCGAUUCGAGCAGAAGGGGUUCCGCCUGGUGGCCAUGAAGUUCCUUCGGGCUUCUGAGGAACACCUGAAGCAGCACUAUAUUGACCUGAAAGACCGUCCUUUCUUCCCGGGGCUGGUGAAGUACAUGAACUCAGGGCCUGUGGUGGCCAUGGUCUGGGAGGGGCUCAAUGUGGUGAAAACAGGCCGAGUGAUGCUGGGGGAGACCAAUCCAGCUGAUUCGAAGCCAGGCACCAUUCGUGGGGAUUUCUGCAUUCAAGUUGGCAGGAACAUCAUUCACGGCAGUGAUUCAGUGGAGAGUGCCGAGAAAGAGAUCGGUCUAUGGUUUAAGCCCGAAGAACUGAUUGACUAUAAGUCUUGUGCCCAUGACUGGGUGUAUGAGUAGACGCGGAGAAACCAGAGUCCUUUUCAGCACUACUGAUGGGGUUCCUGGACACAGCUCUUCAUCCCACUGACUGGAUGGACCAUCUUUUCUAAAACAAUAAAGACUUUGGAACUGGG